AUGGGAGCAUCCGUCUCUACCAUUUGGGCCUCACUGCCUCCACCGGCUGAGUUUUUCCCUCCUAGCCCAGCAGCCUACACAACCCUACUCACGACCUUCCAAUACUUCCCCGUUUGCACGAUCUUCCAAUGGCUGCUCUCCUGGCACCCAGCUGGCAAAACCAGUUUGAAAAACUCAAGCUUGAACAUUCCAGGCCGGAUUGCAUGGUCGGCAAUGGAGAUUGUCGGCCCUAUCAAUCUAAUGUACAAUCUCUCACUUGGCUCGCCAUCAUUCUCUGAGCUUCCAGCAUCAAACCAGCUCAUCGCCGCUCUCUAUUGCAUCCACUACUUCAACCGGGGCAUCAUCUCCCCUUUCUUCUCAGCACCCAGCAUGUCCCCUAUCCAUGCAUCCGUCAUGACUAGCGCCAUGGUAUUCAACUGGCUAAAUUCCUCCUGUAUUGCAGGCUGGGCGCAUUGGCUACUUCCCUCUCCUCCCCCCCCCCCCUUGCUUGAGACCCUCGCCCUCAUUGGCAUUGUACUCUUUGUCAUCGGCAUGGCAGGAAACAUCUACUCCGAAACCGCUCUCUUCCGCUUCAGACGAGAAGAAGCUGAGAAACGAGCCGCUAAGAAAUUGGACUCCCAGACUCCCGCUGGCGAUGGCAAAUACCAUAAGGUUUACGUGAUCCCACCGGUCCAGGGCGUGUUUCGGUAUAUCUUGUACCCGCAUUAUGUCUUUGAGUGGAUUGAGUGGACUGGAUUUGCCUUGGCUGGUACAGCUGUGUUUCCUCUGGCUGCGUUUGCGAAGACGAAUGUUGCCAGUGCUGGUGCUAGCGUCGGCGUUGCGCCUCAGAUGUAUCCUGCGCCGUGGGUCAUGCCUGCUGUCUGGGCUGCUGACAAGUAUGGCUUGCCGCUCCCAUUACCUGCUGUGUUGUUUGCGAUAAAUGCAGUUGCAAAUAUGCUACCUCAUGCUCGCUGGGGACGUAAGUGGUAUGUUGAGAAGUUCGGGGCGAAGGGUGUUGCGGGGCGUGGGGCUGUUGUGCCGUGGUGCUCGUGGAUGUGA